AUGUGUAUCAAGGCCGCGAUUAGAAGCCAACCGACCCGACCCCGUAGCAAAUGGAAGUGUAAAAAGUGUCUCCUCCAUUUCGACAGUCCAAACGAUGCGAAAGCGCACUGCAGCGGUGACCUACCGAUCGAAUUCCAGGAGGAUAUCACGUACGCGUACGACGAAACGUCGGAAGCCUACGUAUGCCACAUGUGUUCGGCCGAAUUUCAAGCGGAGGACGAGAUCCGACGCCACCUGGCUCGCCACGAACCUAAACACGUAUGCCGCGUGUGUUCUGUGCCGUUUAAAACUCUGAGGGAACUGUGCUGCCAUCAAACGGCGCACCGGCAAAACGGUAAACUAAACUGUCCCAUCUGUCAAUACCGCACGUCCUACCGUUCGAAUUUGCUUACUCACCUGUACGCCGUCCACUUGUCAGUGUACCUAUGCAAAGUUUGCGGCAAAUCGUGCUCGAACGAGAGGAAACUCAAAGAACACGGACUAGUGCACUCGACGGAGAGACCUUUCGUUUGCGUCGUGUGUUCGAAAACUUUCCCUCAUCACAGAUCAUUGAUCAGUCACCAGGUUAGGUUUCACGUGGUGUCGUACGCUGCAGUGGGGCGUCAGUACGAUUGCGAUGUGUGCAAAACGGCAUACAAGACUCCGGGAGUACUCCAGUUGCACGUGGAGAGGGCACACAGAAAACAGGCGAAGGCGACUAAUCGGGCGUCGAAGAAAUGCCUAUGCGACAUGUGCGGUCAGAGCUUCAGCACUAUGGUACACCUCAACAAGCACCUCGUCUCCCAUACGGAUUACAGGCCCUUCGUGUGCUCCGAGUGCGGCAGGGCGUUCAAGCACAAUUACGCCCUCACUUACCAUCAGAGGAUACACACAGGCGAGAGACCGUUCAGGUGCGGGUACUGCGACAAGAAUUUUCGUCAGAACACGCCCUUUAGGGUCCAUCUGAGGACGCACACCGGCGAAAAGCCAUACGUCUGCAGAUUGUGCCGCAAGGGCUUCACUACGAACCAUGGAUUGAAAGUGCACAUUAAAAACUGCUCUGUCGUUAUUGGUUAG